CAUCUCCCUGUUCCUGUCAUGUCAGAUUCUAAGUUGUUUACUAUGUCUCUGGCUGGUCCAGCAGAAACAGACAUAGACGGGCAUCUCCCCGGUGCGGCAUUAGGACCCAGUAGGAUGGCCGCUGAGUGCGGGGGCUGCCUGGGCACAGGUGACUGUCCCAGUGGCAGUCCCGGGCACACCUCCGAUAGGAGUGUUGACUAUAGCAGAUCCCAGUGUUCCUGCAGAAGUUUAAGUUCUCGCUGUGAUUACUCAGAAGACUUUCUCUCUGAAUGUUCAGAAACCGCUCUUAAUAGAAAUUAUUUAGAGAAGCCAGUGAUAAAAAAAAAAAAGGACGGGAAGAAAAAGUACGUUUCUAAAAUCUCCCAGUCUAAAGGCCAGAAGGAAAUCUCAGUUGAAAAAAAGCACAACUGGAAUGCACCACUUUUAAAUUCCCAAAACAGUAUGAUUACCCAAAGAAGAGACGCUAUGACUCAUCGCAUACUCUCAGCAAGGCUUCAUAAGAUUAAAGAGUUAAAAAAUGAACUAGGGGAUAUCCAUCGUAAAUUGGAAGCCACGGUCAUAGAAAAUCAAUUUUUGAAACAGCUUCAGCUUAGGCACUUGAAAGCUAUAGGGAAAUAUGAGAAUUCACAAAAUAAUCUACCUCAAAUUAUGGCAAAACAUCAGAACGAAGUCAAAAAUUUGAGGCAGCUACUUAGGCAAUCCCAGGAAAAGGAAAGAAGUGCAUCUAGGAAACUUCGAGAAGCUGGCAGUGAGCUGCUGAAGACUAAAGAUGCCUUGCAGGCACUGCAGAAACUUUCUGAAGACAAAAACCUUGCAGAGAGGGAGGAACUUACUCAAAGAUUGUCUGUUCUUACAACAAAAAUGGAGGCAAAUGACAAAAAAAUACAGAGCUUGGAAAAACAACUGAGGUUGAACAAUAGAGCCUUUAAUCGGCAGCUGGCCAUUGAGACCCGGAAGACCUUAGCAGCUCAAGCAGCUACAAAGACUCUGCAAAUGGAAAUAAAACGCCUUCAGCAAAAAGUUAAGGAGAAGGAUCGAGAGCUUGAAAUUAGAAACAUCUAUACUAGUCGGAUACUUAAAAAUUUACAUGACAAAGAAGAUUAUCCAAAAGUUUCUUCAACAAAAUCUGUACAAGCAGACAGAAGGUUUUCAUUGACAAGUAUGAAACACCAGGAAACCCAAAAAUCGGAAGAUGCUCCAUCUUUGACAGCUAAGGGUAAAAAGACAACUGGAAACAUUGGUCAUAAAGGAAAAUCAACUGAAAUAACCUGUGCAAUUCCUCACUAUAUCAGCAAACUUCCAAACCAAGAGGAUUCCAAGAGAAAAUAUGAAGAUUUAUCGAAGGAAGAGGAACAUUUGGAAGUACAACCACCUCCGGCGAAUACUGGAAGACAGAGAGAAACAAAAGAAGAUCAAGAAAAGAAAACCACUUUGGUGAAAGAAGAAGAACUACCGCCAAAAAGAAUUCAAGUAACUCAUCCUGAAAGGGAAGGCAAGCAGGAAGACAAUGCAGGGAAAGAAAAAUUCAAAACAAGUCUCCAAAUAAAUGACACGGACGAGAUGCCUGAUAAAAAUGGUGCUGCGAACAUCAAGGUACCCUUCAGACAGAGAAAGCAUUACUCGUUCACAGAAGUGACUGAGAACCUGCACCACGGGCUUCCUGCCUUGGGCGGCCCGGUCGGGGCAGGUGGGAUGAGAGGCGGCGUGGGCACCAGCAAGCCUCGCAGUAACGCGGCCGGACUGAAGCCAGAACAUUCUGUGAGUGGGUAUGAACCCUCUUUUGGCAAGUCUUCCCGAACAAAAGCAAAAGAUACUUUCAGAGAUAAGAAAAGCAGUCUAAUGGAAGAACUCUUUGGGUCGGGCUAUGUCUUUAAACACGACCAGACCAGCACGGCUGCUCCUAAACAGGCUGACGAGACUCUGGAAAGUAAGAAGAUGCACCAUCUACCUCCUAGUCAGGCCUCCGCCAGCAACGCUUUUGGAGAUUCUAAAGUAACUGUGGUAAAUUCUAUUCAGUCAUCUUCACCUACAGAAGGAAAAAGAAAAGUAAUUAUUUAAAUAUAAUCAAUAUCCUCAUACAUUCUGACAUGACAUUCUCGUUCUUAUGUGCCUUUAAUCUUAUAAUGUUAGUGUCGUGUGUCUGUGUGUUUCAGUACUUAAACUGACUUUGGAUAAUUAAGGUUUUGAUAACCUAAUUUGGAAAAUCCAUUGGGUAUUAGCCAAUGACAUUUCAAAUAUAAAAUUGUAUCUUUUCUUCCUACAACUGAAAACACGUCCAUUAUCUUUCGGACGACUGGGUUACUC